AUGAAUAUAAUGCUUCAUGAGGGGGAUGACAAGCCGCAGGACGAUUUAGCGGACGCUUUUGAUAUGAACACACUGCAUGCACAGGAGGGGGAACUGGGGGCUCUGGUCAAGGGGCAAACGGAGUUGUCGCGCCAAAUGCGGGAGGACUUGCGCGGGCGCACCAGGAAAAACAGGCGGAUGUCCAUCAGAUACAACCACGGGGAAAAGGGCGCGGGGGGUGGCGACUCGACGGAGGCAAACGCGGACGGGGACCAUUUUGACGUGGACACGGAAAUUGACGUCCCCACCGAGCUGAUGCGCGAACCCGUAGUGCUCGUCAAAAUCCCAGCAGUUAACAUUUACGACCAAAUGGAAAUGCUGCACGACGUUGGGGAGUUAAUGGAUAUAAAUAAUGAAGAUGUGUUUUACUGA